AUGUCUUUCCUCAACUUGCUCGCGCUAUCCCUCACUUUCCGAAUCGCUUCAGCUCGAGUCUUGGGAAAAUUUACUGGACUACCGUAUCCAACGUUAAAGCCUCCUUCGCGUAGAGAAGACAGCUCUGCUCUUCCAACGUUCACAUUGGGCCCCGAGGAUGCGUACUUUCCAAGCACGGCCGCUGGCCCGGAGCCAUCGGGAUCCGAAGUCCAGGUGUAUCCUACCGGGGUCUACGACACUUUCCCAGCUGACGGGAUCACUGUCGCGUUCGGUCCGGAGAUACACGAACAAAUGAAGACUGUUCGCGCCGAAAGCUGUAACAAUAAACCAGCUGAAGAAUGUCGCGACGCAAUCAACAGUGUGAUACAGAAGACUGGGGUAUCUACUCACGUCAAACGCUUCAUUCCCGUUGCACCUUGGGUUCUCUGGCUUCUGGCAGGAUGGGUGUUAUCCACAAUAGCCUACGAGUACAACCAAGACCUGGGCAAAGCGAUAAAGCUCCCCCCAGAGGAUCUCCGGCAGAUUCAAUCGAUGGCCGGUGCUCAAGAAAUUGCUAUCGUGACGGCCGCCGAUGCCAGCGCUAUCGCAGCUACUUUAACAAUUCGACCCCCCGCGACGAUCACGCCGACGUAA